CCGAGGGCCCGCGAAAAAUCUGUGCAUGAUCUGUUCUUUCUUAAUUUCUCUGUGCAACCGGACUACCGGAGAGGUAUUUUCCUGCGAUUCGACGAGAAAAUGGAGGAAAACCUCCGGAUCUGGCCUCUGAAACCCUAGAAAUCCUACAAUCCUCAAAGCACAGCCGAAAACGCGAACACACUCGCACCGAGAGAGAAGGAAGACGAAAUGGAGAAGAACCAGAGUGAUAGGCAGCUCAAUUCGAUCACAUUGCUGAACCAAAUGGCUUCAGACCCCUAUUACCUCUUCCACUUCCUCGCUUUCUUCUCUUACAUCCCCGUUCGCUGCUCCGCCUCCCAUGUCCUCUCGCCUCCCUUCUCGUCCUAUCUUCAUCACCGAGAAAUUCAAGCAGUUAUUGCAUUCUCUCUGCUGACUGCUAUCAAGAUGGUGAGAAAAGAGACAUGGGAGGCCUUCAUUGCAGAUACUUUGUUCUUUGCCAAGAUUUUUCUCUUUGGUAUUGCUUUGGUCGUGGAUUAUCACUUGGCUUUAUGGUACUUGUUGGUGUUUCUAGUUGUAUACACCUUGACACAACAACCUCCCUACCAGGGUAUAGGUGCUACACUUCAAUUAACGCCGUUGCAGUUGGAAGCACUGCUGACUGAUGGCAAUACAUCAAGAUUCUGGCUGGUUGAAUACCGUGAAUUGUCUUCAUCUACUUGCGUUCAAACCAGUCGGGUCUUUCCUGAAUUAUCGAUUACGUACUCGAACAAAAAUUUAUCUUUUGGGGUUGUUGAUCUUGGCCUCUUCCCCAAUACUGCAGAAAAGUUUGGUAUCUCUCUAGGGAGCAGCGACAAACUUCCUAAGUAUAUAUUGUUUGAGAAUGGAGUGGAGAUUACACGCUUUCCUGAGAUGGAUUUUGAAGCAAAAACUUCUACUUUUACUAUAACAAAGAAACUCCUUUGCCGGCAUUUUGAGCUUGAUCGGCACCUUCUUGAUUACAUAAACGGUAAAUAGGUGAACAAUGUCCUUUUUGUUAUUUAAUGGACUUUUCAUUCUUCGGUUCUUCUUUCUUAUUGUGUUAUUUUGUAGUUUUGUUUUGAGAUGUCAAUUCGGAAAGGAUAUACACAAGGAGGUUCAUCUGUUACAAACGUUUUGGUGCCAUUUGUGUAUUUAUAGUGCCAGUUUUAUGUUACAUGAGUAGAAGGCAAUCAGCUUAUAGGCAUCACCAAUUUUUA